AUGGACGUGUCUGUACAGAAGGCUCUGGCCGACAAGCUGUAUGACCGGCGCAAAGGCGGAGCUCUGGAGCUUGAGGCCAUCAUCCGCGACUCUCUGGCUGCCAACGACCACGUCCGCAUCGAGAAGAUUGUCCACCAGCUGUGCCACGAUUACGCAUACGCCGUCCACCAACCCCACGCCCGCAAUGGAGGUCUCAUCGGCCUGGCUGCUGCUGCCAUCGCUCUCGGCAUUGAUGUCGCUCGCUACCUCCGUGAUAUAGUACCUCCGGUCCUCGCCUGCUUCUCCGAUCAAGACGCCAGAGUACGAUACUAUGCCUGCGAGAGCAUGUACAACAUUGCCAAAGUCGCAAAGGGCGAGAUCCUCAUCUACUUCAACGAUGUCUUUGAUGCGCUAUGCAAGUUGGCUGCCGACACCGAACUCUCGGUCAAGAAUGGUGCCGAGUUGCUCGAUCGCCUGGUCAAGGACAUUGUCGCCGAAUCUGCCGCUUCCUACGUCUCCAUCCUCGACAACGAGCUUGAUCCAAAUAACGAGGAUCCCUUCGCCGAACAACCCACCGCUUUUUCCCUCGCUCGAUUCAUUCCCCUGCUACGCGAACGCAUCUUUGUCAUCAACCCUUUUACUCGUACCUUCCUCGUCAGCUGGAUCACACUACUGGACUCGAUACCAGACCUCGAAUUGGUCGUCUUCCUGCCAGACUUCCUCGGUGGUCUGUUGCGCUUCCUCUCCGAUCCAAACACAGACGUUCAUACCACCACAAAGGUCUGCCUUGACCGCUUCCUCGCAGAGAUCAAGAAGAUCUCGGCCAUCAAGAAGGGCAUCGCCGAGAGCAAGAGAAGCAUCGUCGCCGAGAGCCAGCGCAAGCCUUCAAUAUCCAGCAGAGAUGAGUUGGAGAUCGCCGAUCAAGAUCCCGAAGCCCAACUUGACAACGCAGAAGCAAAUCAAAACGAGGACAAGGCAAGCUCUGAUUCGGCUUCUUUUGUCAGCUCCAACAUGGAUGAGAAGAAUGACAAUGAUGCUGGCGACGAAUGGAUACCUGGACAGGAUGUUCAGAUUGAAUAUGCAAAGAUCCUCGACAUCUUGAUUACAUUCUUGAACGACUCGGCCGAAGAAGAAAUUCAAAUGACGACCCUUCGCUGGAUCGAAGGCUUUNUUGACAUCUGCCCUGAAGACAUGCUCGCGUUUGUGCCUCGUCUUCUUUCACAGGUCCUACCAGCACUGUCGCAUCAUGUUGAUCAGGUUCGCCAGGCUGCCAACAGAGUCAACACUGCUCUCAUGGCUCACAUCAUGUCGCUGCCUGAAGAUGGUCAGCAACAGCAACCCAAGACACCGGCAGAUCCAACACGCAGAGACUCAAUACCCAUACGAACGCGAAAGGCAAAUAGCCCAGACAUGCUGGCAGACUCUACUGACCAACCCACCACGUCCACUUCUCCAACCAUACAACCUUUAAACCCCGUCCUGACAGAGCUUGACUAUGAAGCUGCUGUAAACUCUUUGACGUUACAGUUCCUCAACGAGCAUGAGCAGACUCGCGUGGCUGCACUGGCAUGGCUGAUCAUGUUACAUCGCAAGUCACCGCGCAAGACUUUGGCCAUUCACGACGGAACAUUCCCUGCUUUACUCAAAACAUUGUCAGAUCCAGCAGAUGCUGUCGUCACACGCGAUCUUACACUACUCUCGCAAAUAUCUAAGAACAGCGACGAUUCGUACUUUACGUCCUUCAUGGUCAAUCUCCUGAAGCUCUUUUGCACUGACAGGAAACUGCUUGAGAUUCGCGGAAACCUCAUCAUUCGCCAACUCUGUUUGAACCUCAGCGCUGAGCGCAUCUACCGCACCCUUGCAGACUGUCUUGAGAAAGACGAUGAUGUCGAGUUUGCAAGUAUUAUGGUACAAAACCUGAAUAACAAUCUCAUCACCGCGCCUGAGUUGGCUGAUCUGCGGAAACGUCUGAGGAACCUUGAGAACAGAGAUGGCCAGACUUUCUUCGUGACUCUGUUCAGAGCGUGGUGCCACAAUGCAGUCGCAACAUUCUCGCUGUGUUUGCUUGCGCAGGCAUACGAACAAGCCUACAAUUUGCUGCAGAUCAUCGCAGAGCUCGAAAUGACUGUCAAUAUGCUCAUCCAGAUCGACAAGCUGGUGCAGUUGCUCGAAUCUCCUGUUUUUACUUACCUUCGCCUCCAGCUUCUCGAACCAGAACGUUUCCCUCAUCUUUACAAGUGUCUCUAUGGUCUUUUGAUGCUUCUACCGCAGUCUUCGGCAUUUGCAGCGCUCAAGAAUCGCCUGAAUAGUGUCAGUGCGAUCGGCUACUUGCACAUUGCCCCAAGAACGUAA